AUGGCCUUCCUGAAACGGUUGGCCCGUGGCGCUCAUGGGCUCCAGAUUUUCUUCGUUCUGCAGGAUGCAGUCAGGUAUGCCGGGCUCCUCGGUUUGCUUCGCUCGGCAUCCAAGGAGCACCCAGAACUGAAGCUCCGCAUCCUGCGCCGAGAGGGGGCAGCCAAGGUCCUGUUGCCAGCAGUUGCAGGCGAAUUCCUCUGCACCGACGCCGGCACCUUCGCCCCACGACUGCAGCGCUGUACGGCGCCAUUGCCCUCAGACGAUGCACCCAGGGCCCGGUGCGCCCUGGUCACUGGCGGUUUGAGGGGUCUCGGCCUGGCCGUUGCCCAGCGCUUGGCGGCCACGAAGAGGACCGAAUCCUUGAUUCUGGUCGGGCGCCGUGCCCCUCAAGGUGCUGCAGCGGAUCGAGUUCGAGAGCUUUCAGAACUUCUGCCCGUGGAGGUCAUUUGCUGUGACGUGGCAAGCUGGCGAGAGGUCUCCGAGCUGCCCGGUCAAUGCGACUUGGUGAUCCAUUGUGCCGGCGCUGUCAAGGACGGUGUGAUCAUUAAUUUGACGGAUGCAGAUGCCCUGAAGGUCCUCCGCCCCAAGAUUCGUGGGGCCAUCCAUUUAAGGAGCAAGUAUCCGGAUGCGAAGAAGAUUGCAUUCUCAUCUUCAUCGGGGCUCUUCGGCGUUCCGGGCCAGUCCACCUAUGCUGCAGGCAACACCUUUGUGGAUGCGGUCAUGCCGUCCAUUCAGUGGGGAGGUUGGGGCGAGACCGGCAUGGUGGAAGACCACGGAAUCAAGCCUCUUCCUGGCGAACGCUUCUUCACCGUGGAGCGCGGUCUGGACUGCUUGUUCCGAGUGCUGGACUCGCCUGGUACAGAAGUUCGGAGAGUGCCCUACGCGGUUAUGGACGUGGAUUGGCCCCUCUACCGCCAGCAGAACCUCUUUUCCGCAGAGGAUCCUAUGCUGGCCACCAUC